CUUCCGGUUUGGGAGCCGGACUAGGAGGCUGGAGAGCCGGGGCGGGGGCCGGUACCGAGUGGGUGAGGCUGCCCCGGAGACAGGGACGCGAGUGGGUUGAGGACAGCUCGAGAGGGAGACGCUCCCAGAGGUGGGCGGGAGGGUGCCCUCAGGGCACCUUGGCCUGGUCAGAGGCCUGUGGACGGACUGGACGGCAGCUCCGAGAGUAACCCGGCCGGAGGGAGCAGAGACAAAGAGGCCGGAACCCCGCACCCGCCGCUCCUGGAGCUGAGCCCUGCGCCCGCGAUCCCGCAGCGCUCGGAGCCCUCGCCUGGCACCCGAGCUCGUCCUCAGGAAACCCAUUCCUACUGCUGCCCACUCGGACAACCUCUCUCCAACUCAGUGUGACUCUCCCCAAGCCCACCUGGUCCUCGCUUCAGGAGGCAAAACCAACGUCUCUCCGUGCGCGAGGUUUCCCCGUUAGUAGCUCCCGAACCCUUGCUGAGCGGUUACUUCUGUGAGGGCAAAACGAAGACCCUUGAGGACUUGACUUUUGUCUGGGGUGGGAAUUGGUAGUUGUGGCGUCCGAGGGGGCGGGGCGGACGCAGAGGGCCUUGGGAAGGACUGCGGAGGUACAUUGGGGUCAGCUGCCACCCGCUGGAUAGAGGCUUUUUUGUCUUAAGCACGAUAGUGACUUUAGAUCCUCUUGAGCUCCAGAUCUCCCAUAUGGUUCGAACUCAUUGUGCAACAUUGAUCAGGGAAAUUAGAUGGGAUCAGACUUGAGGAGGGUGGGAGAGGAGCAGACAGUAUUUUAUAUCCCCUGCUGCUUCCUGGGGCUGCUUUGGAAGUCACCCAAAAAUGCAGCUUUUGAAAGGUCUCUCUCCAUGCUCAGUGUUGGCUUGCCGCCCUGAAGAUGGUGCUGCCUCAUAUGGCCACUUGGAGCAUAUGGGAAGUCAGGCCAGCUCUGGCAAGACUUUAGACAUAUGAAUAUAUUCCUUCUGAUAGUGCCAUCUCUCUCUACCCUAGGAAGAAACUCCUCUUACAGAGAGAGACUCAUCUGCAGGUGAUUCUCCAAGGACAUGGGAAGAUAGGUGUAAGCCCUGGAACCCAGACCCUUAAGUGGAGGGGAACUGCUUUCUGCUGUGAAUGAUGGCCAAACCCGCUCUGAGAGGGAAUGGCACUAACUCUGAGACCUUCAGACAGCGCUUCAGGAGAUUCCAUUACCAGGAGGUGGCUGGGCCUCGGGAGGCUUUCAGCCAACUCUGGGAACUUUGCUGUCGGUGGCUAAGGCCGGAGGUGCGCACCAAGGAGCAGAUUGUAGAAUUGUUGGUGCUAGAGCAGUUCCUGACCAUCUUACCUGGGGAGAUCCAGAAUUGGGUACAGGAGCAAUGUCCAGAAAGUGGAGAGGAGGCAGUGACUCUGGUGGAAGAUUUAGAAAGAGAGCCUGGAAGACCUGGAUGUUCGGUCACAGUCUCUGUGAAGGGGCAGGAAGUGCGCUCGGAGAAGAUGACACCCCUGAAAUCAUCACGAGAGUUAUUAAGUGUUCGGCAGGAGUCAGUGGAACCCCAGCCCAGGGGUGUACCCAAGAAAGAGAGGGCAAGAAGCCCAGACCUGGGACCACAGGAGCAGAUGAACCCAAAGGAGAAGCUCAGACCUUUUCAAAGGAGCGGUUGGAGCAAGGAGAGCUACGGAUCCCAGAUCUGCUGGGCUCCAAGGAGAAAGAACUCCCAAGAGGCAGCCACACAGGAGAUAAACGAGUGCAUGCUGAUUUGUUACCAUCCAAAAGAGAGAGAAGAAGCUGGGUAGAACAAGAUCACUGGGGCUUUGAGGAUGAGAAAGUGGCAGGUGUGCACUGGGGCUAUGAAGAGACCAGAACUCUCCUCGCAAUUCUCAGCCAGACUGAGUUUUAUGAGGCUCUCCGAAACUGUCAUCGAAACAGCCAAGUGUAUGGGGCUGUGGCUGAGCGGCUCCGGGAAUAUGGCUUCCUCCGGACCCUGGAACAGUGUCGGACCAAGUUCAAAGGUCUCCAGAAGAGCUAUCGGAAAGUCAAGAGUGGCCACCCACCUGAGACGUGUCCCUUCUUUGAAGAGAUGGAAGCCCUGAUGAGCGCCCAGGUCAUUGCCCUGCCCAGUAACGGCCUGGAAGAGGCAGCCUCUCACUCCGGACUGGUGGGCAGUGAUGCUGAGACUGAGGAGCCAGAGCAGGGGGGCUGGCAGCAUGAGGAGGGAGCAGAAGAGGCGGUGGCUGAGGAGUCUGACAGUGAUGAAGUGGAUCUGGAGGGGCCCCCGCAGGACCCUGACAACUCAUCUGCACCUGUCCUAUUUAGAAGCCCAAGUGGUGUACACUGGGGCUAUGAAGAGACCAAGACUUACCUUGCAAUUCUUAGUGAGACUCAGUUUUACGAAGCCCUCCGGAACUGUCACCGCAACAGCCAGCUGUAUGGAGCAGUGGCUGAGAGAUUAUGGGAAUAUGGCUUCCUUAGGACCCCAGAGCAGUGUCGGACCAAGUUUAAAAGCCUGCAGACCAGCUAUCGGAAAGUCAAGAAUGGCCAAGCACCAGAGACCUGUCCCUUCUUUGAAGAGAUGGAUGCUUUGGUGAGUGCUCGGGUUGCUGCCCCACCCAGUGAUGGCCAGGAAGAGACAGCUUCUUGCCCUAUCCAAGGGACCAGUGAGGCUGAAGCUGAGAAGCAAGCUGAGGAGGCAGAAGAGACCAUAGAGGAAGAUUCUGACGAUGAUGAAGAGGAUACUGAGAUACCCCCAGAGGCUGACAUAACCCGUGCUCCAGUCUUAUUCCAGAGCCCCAGUGGUUUUGAGGCUGGAUUUGAGAAUGAAGAGAAUCCAAAACGAGAUAUUUCUGAGGAAGUACAGCUGCAUAGGACACUACUUGCAAGGUCUGAAAGGAAAAUUCCCCGUCAUCAUAACCAAAGUAAAGGCAGUGAGAGUGGAUGUAGACCAGGAAGACAAUGGGAAAAGAUCCCAGGGGAGAAAAGAGUAAAACUGACACUCCCAGAGAAGAGUUUAGGUAAAGUCCUAAGUCAUCAGAGACCUUGCUUGGGAGAGAGACCCUAUAAAUAUCUCAGAUAUGGCAAAAACUUUGGCCCAAACUCCCUUCUCAUGCAUCAGCUACCCCAUCAGGUGGAAAAUCCAUAUAAAUGUGCCGACUGUGGGAAAAGCUUCAGUCGGAGUGCACGCCUUAUUAGACACCGGAGAAUCCACACUGGGGAGAAGCCUUACAAGUGUCUCGACUGUGGGAAGAGUUUCCGUGACAGUUCAAAUUUUAUCACCCAUAGGAGAAUCCACACAGGAGAGAAACCUUAUCAAUGUGGUGAGUGUGGGAAACGCUUCAAUCAGAGCUCAAGCCUGAUAAUUCACCAAAGAACCCACACAGGAGAAAAGCCCUAUCAAUGUGAAGAGUGUGGAAAAAGCUUCAAUAACAGUUCUCAUUUUAGUGCACAUCGGAGGAUACAUACAGGAGAGAGACCCCAUGUGUGCCCUGACUGUGGAAAGAGUUUCAGUAAGAGUUCUGACUUACGUGCACAUCAUAGAACCCACACAGGAGAGAAACCCUAUGGGUGUCAUGAUUGUGGCAAAUGCUUCAGUAAAAGCUCUGCCCUUAAUAAGCACCGGGAAAUCCAUGCACGAGAAAAGCUUCUGUCACAGUCAGCACCUAAGUAAGCCCCUGAAGGUAUAUAAAGGAAAGAGCCUCAAUAAAUGUAUUGUUUGGAAAGUCGUCCGAUAGUGAGAUCCAUCUCCUCUUCUGUGCCCAGCUAGGUUAGGAUACUCUUCAGGAUUUAUGCCACUGUUUGUUCUUAUGUUUUUCCUGGAUCUAGAGUCAAAUCCCCAAGGCAGUUUUGUCUUAAGAAUGAAAGUAAAAUUUCCACCCCUCUCCAUGCCUGCAUCUGAAUUGAUAGAUAACAUCUUUUCCCACUCAGUGCCUAUGGUGUUCCCUCAAUAAAGCCGAGAGGACAUGGUAGUAGA